GGAAGUUGCGCGUGCGCUUUAGGAGAGGAGCGGCCUAAAAUGGCGCUGGGCAGGCAGGUGUACACUUUGCUCUUUCGCCGCACCUCCACCUUCGCCCUCACGAUCGUGGUGGGCGCGCUGGUCUUUGAGCGGGUUUUCGACCAGGGCGCGGACGCUCUCUUCGAGCACCUGAACAAAGGAAAGCUGUGGAAGCACAUCAAGCAUAAGUAUGAGACUGCUGAAGAAUAAAGCUGGACUCCCUGUGAGACCUUCAGUGAUCCCUUUCAGUGCAAACCCUUCCUCCCGAUUGCCGGCUGUUCAGAAGACGCCUGCCCAUCCAUGCGUGUCUCUUUGAGCCAGAGGGCAUCUCUCAAGAGUGAUAAAGCUACCUGGACUUGUUGUGCUGAAAUGUAGCUUAAUAAAAUACAUUCUCAGAUGUGUCCCUCCUGAA